ACCGCAAUCUGGAGAACAAAAAUACUGUUACUAUUGGGUAGGUCGUGGUCCUUGGGACUCUUCUGUGGCCAGAGUCAGCACUAUUUUUAAGAGAAUGUUUCCAGUUCAUUCAUUAACAAAUCACCACAGCUAAGCAAAGGCUCCAAAGACAACAAAGCACAACUAGAAACUAGCUUUAAAAAUGAGGCUAAUUUUUAUUUUCAAACAAUAUAGCAUGGGUUGGUAUUGGUAUUUCCAAUUCAGAUCGGUGUAGCUGGGUUUUCUUGAUUGUGUUUGUCGCCUGUCUGUGUGUCCUUUCUUUCUUUAUAACAGCACAAGCUCUCAUUUACAUGAUUGUUCAACGUGCAUCCAACCCUUUCAUAACAAUUUGAUCACCACCAAAACCUGGGUGAUUAAUAAAGAAUCAAAGAUCUAUUUUCUCUUUUGUUUUGUGUUAGUUACAAGUUAAAAGAUAAAAUUCACAGAGGGUCUGGUCAAAUGACUGUGCUGAUGCACCAUCCCUUUUGAUUUGAAAUAAUUCCUCCUAUACAGAACUCAACUUAUAGUUAAAUUUAUUUGUUUCAAUGUGUUAUUUGUAUUUUACUUUGGUUUAUAAUUAUGCAAAAAGAUAUUUAAAUUGCUUUAAAAUUAAUUCUAUAAACUAAGAUACAUAGUCCCUUCCAUUCUGCACUCUCAUAAAUCUAACUUAGUUUAUCUUUACAUAGCAUAUAAAAUAUAAAUCAAAGACUCCAGGCUUUUCCUGAAAUGAAUGGUGGUUCCACACACCAUCUCCACACUACUAUUUCACUGAAUAGUAUAUCUCAGGAAUCAGUUUCCAGCAGGCAGGGAUCUCUCAUUCUCCUAACAGCUCAGUCAGACAUCAUGGUGGUUGAUUUUACUUGAUCCGUCUCUGUCCACAGUCAUUUAUGUUUCAUUUUGGUUUUAUGCUGUUACAGAUAGUACUAUAAUGAGAAACCGGAUAUUCAAAUGCAAAAGAUUGAAGCUUGGCCUCCACUCUCACCUUCUAGAAGGAAAUUAAGCUCAAAGGGAUCAAAUCCAUAAAUAUAAGGCAUGAAAGUAUUUAACAGAAGCUAAGGGAAGUGCUUCCAGACAGAGGGAAGACAGUGUUCGCAGGAUUGUGUGUUUUGUUUUGUCUGCAGCCCCUAAAGCAUAAGAAACAAAUCUAAAAAUAUGCAAAGAGGAUUAAAUCAAACCACAAAGAUUCCACACAGCAGGGGAAAUGAUCAAGAUUGUAGAGAAAAUCGACAAGUUGAUAUGUUUUUGCAAACUAUUCAAAUAACAAAGGAUUAAUACCCCGAAUAUAUAAGGAACACAAGCAACUCAGUAGCAAAGACAGGUAAUCCAAUUUAGAAUGGACAAAGGAGAUGAGCAAACACGUAUUAAGAGAAGAAGUUCAAAUGGUCACUAAAUUUAUGAGAAAUACUCAACAUCAUUAGCUAUGAGAGAAACAUAAAUCAAAACCACAAUGAGCUACCAUCUCACCCCAAUUAGAACAACUGUUACCUGAAAAGGAAAAGCUGAUAAAUUGCUAGGAAGACUAUGGAGAAAAGAAAACUCACUAACAGUUGGUAGGAAAGUUAAAUAAAACAGUUAUUAAGUGAGUAACAUGGAGGUUCUUAAAAAAAUCCUAUCACACAACUCAAAUAUUGUUCUUCUAGAUUAGUGGUUCUCAACCCUCCUAAUGCUGUGGCUCUUUAAUACAAUUCCUCAUGUUGUGGUGACUUCCAAUCAUAAAAUCAUUUUGUUGCUACUUCAUAACUGUAAUUUUGCAACUGUUAUGAAUUUUAAUAUAAAUAUCUGAUCUGCAACCCCAAAAGAGUUGCAACCCAUAGGUUGAGAACCACUGUUCUAGAUGUAAAUUUAAAUGAUGUAAAAUCUUAUCAAAGAAAGCAUGUCCCACAUUUAUUUUUAAACAAUUCAUGAUUUGCUAAGAUAUAAAUCAACCUAGAUGCCCAUCAGUAAGAUAAAGAAAAUGUGGCAACUUAUAUGCACAACAGAAUAUUAUUCAUCCAUUAAAAGAAUUGUAUUCUAUUAUCUGCAGCAUAAUUAAUGGAAUAGGAGAAUAUUAUAUCAAGUAAAAUCUAGGCACAGAAAGACUGAUACUUCAUAGUCUCCCUCAUACAUGAAUGAUAAAAAAAAGUCAAUCUGAAUGUGGAACCAUGAUUACUAGAAGAUAGGGUGCAGGAGAGAAGGUAGAGAGAGAGAGUGGAUGAUGAGUUAAAAAGGAGGAGGGAGAGGAGGAGGAGAAGGAGAAGGCUGGGGAGAUGGAUCAGUGGUUAGCCCUUGUUCUUACAGAGGACUUGGGUUCAAUUCCUAGCACCCACAUGGUGGCUCACAACCAUCCAUAAUUCCAGUUCUAAGGGAUACGACACCCUCUGCAGGCCCCAGGCACACAUAUGGUGCACAUACAUACAUGCAGGAAAAACACCCACACACAUAAAUAAAUAAAUCUUUUUUAAAAUAAUAAAAGUAAAAGACAAUAGAAGGAAUAGGUUCUAGUGUUCUACAGCAGAACUGGCAAAGUAGAGUCCUAGUCCAGUGACCUAGCAUGUAUCCCAUGGGCGGGGGUGUGGGGGAGGGACAGAAGAGACUGCAAACACUAAUUAUUAAGAAGGAAACAUUAAAUACACUGAUUUGAUCAAUACAUAUUGCAUUUGUCUGUAUUGCAGAAAUAUCAUAUGUCCUUGUGGGUUUGAUUCAUAUUUCCCUGAUGAUUAGUGAUACUCAGCACCUCCUCAUAUACUAACAGACUAGAUGUCUUCUUGGGAAACACAUCUGUUUGGGAUGGAGAAUUGUCUAUCUUAAAAGGUUAUGUGACUUUUUGCUAUUGAGCUGUAGAAGUUUCUUAUACCUUAGAGAUACAGAUGUUUUGCAGAUGUUUUCCUCUGGUUCUAUAGACUGCAUUAUCUGUGGUUUUCCCUUGCUCCCGCAGUAUUUUCGUCUGAGGUAGUGUGGCCUGUCUGAUUUUGCUCUUCCUGUGGUACCUUUCUCUUCCUUCCCCUAGUUGUUUUUCUGCAAGCCCUGGUUCCUGCUUGGUUUGCUGUGAAGAACUCCCAAAAUCAGGGUGAGUAGCUGUGGAUAUUAGGUAUCACUGCUUUUUAUCUUGCAUUUCCCAGGAACCCCCUGGUGUUUUCUAACAUCAUGCUGGCUUUGAGGCUGAAAUAUUUAAACUUCAUUAUAUUAAGAAGUCAACUAGCCAGGCAGUGGUAGUGCAUGCCUUUAAUCCCAGCACUUGGGAGGCAGAGGCAGGCGGAUCUCUGUGAGUUCGAGGCCAGCCUGGUCUACAAAGCAAGUUCCAGGAAAGGCAUAAAACUACACAGAGAAACCCUGUCUCAAAAAAAAGAAAAAAAAAAAGAAGUCAACUAUAAAUCAGGAAAGGUGGUACAUGUUUGUAAUACCACCCACUGGGAAGCUGAGACAAGAAAAUUGUCACGAGUUCUGUGUUAGCCUGGACCACUCAGCAAGACUUUAUCUUUUUUUUUUUUUUACAGUAACUAUAUAUAAACCCCCAUAGUAUUUGGUGGGUUUUUUUAAUAUUUGUUUAUUUUAUGUAUAUAAGUGCUUUGUUUUCAUCCAUACCAGAAGAGGGCAUCAGAUCCCCUUACAGAUGGUUAUGAGCCACCAUGUGGUUGCUGGGAACUGAACUCAGGACCUCUGAAAGAGCAGCCAGUGCUCUUAACCUCUGAGCCACUUCUCCAGUGCCCAUAUUUGGUGUUUUUAACACAAACAUUCAUAUCAAGAGGCCAAACGCCUCUUCUGCACACAUGCAGGUGACUCAAAUGAUUGUGAGAAGAAUUCUAUUAGAACAAACGACCAAAGGUAAGUUGCAUGACUUUUUAAAUGUGUUAUUGCAAUCCGAUGAAUACUUCCCUAAAAGCUUCCAUUUGUGUAGCAUUAAAUUAGAUGGCCUCCAGUUUGCCUUUUCUCAACUGCGUUUGUCAGUUUGGGUUUAAUGAAUUCAUUUUGGACACAUAAAAAGAAUUAGGGAGGUACCUUCAUUUGAUAAUCUUUAUAAUUGGUCAAUGAGGGCGGGGGGAAAUGGAGGAGGAAAUGACUUCUAAUGGGUGUCUUUGGGUGUGACAGACAUGUUUUGGGAUUAGAUAAUGGUAGUAUUUGCCCAAUUUAAUGAAUAUGCCAAAAGGUAUUGACUUGUUCACUUCAAUGGUAAGUGAAUUACAUCUCGAUGUUUUUAAAGAGAGGAAAAAUAAAAUAAAUAAAUAAAAAAAAACAAUGCCUUAUAGAGACCAAUGUUGAAAUGUCUGUGAAUGGAACUCACAUCUCUGUGUCCCCAGAGUAGGGCAGCUUAUUGAUAAGACUGAAUUUGGGCAAACACGGUGGAGGUGUCAUGUGCCUAUUCCUAGUGUUGGUGUAAUCUGGAGUAUGCUUUGGAGUGACAAUUUAGUAUUAUCCACCAAAACGUAAAGCACUCACCCUAGGAUUCAGGAUUUUCAACUGUAGAGCUCGAAACUCCAUGUGAGGCUGGCCCAGUUAGCACUCGGUGAAUGUUCUUUACAAAGGUGAUAAUCAUGGGAAGAGGUAAUAAAUUAUUCACUAAAACUCCUGCCGCCAAACUCAGCUCUCACUUCUGCAGUAUUUGGGGAAAUGUAAUGAAUCGGUGUUCCUGUUCUAGGAUGGUGCAGCCAGGAAGUCUCUACUCCUUUCAUCUCGGCAAGCUUCAGGAAGAGGAAAGCAAAUUCCUCCUAAUAUACAGGGCCCUGUUUCUGGGGGUCGGAGUACACACUGGCAGAGUAGCUGAUGAUUAUGUGCCUUAGCCUCUUGAUAAAUGGAUAUGGUGGGGGCAGGGGUGAGGCAGGGGUACAGAGGAGAAGACACAAAGCCUGAGUCCCAAAUCUGUGACUGAUUUAAGCAUAAAGCCUCAUGAACAUGAGCAGGGACCAGUGAAAGGAGGAAUGGCCUGAGUGAACCCAUGUCUCUGUCCCUUCGAUUUCCUCUCCAAAUAGUGACUGUGAUGUUGCUGUUAUUUGUAAAUGCUGUGCUUUGCUUAUCAAAGAGUUCUGUUGAUGGAAGAGGAACAUCAUGUCGAUCUGUAUUUUCUAAUUAGUCAUACCCCAGUCUUUCAGCCAAUAAAGACAAACACUGACGUCAACGUACCCAAAUAUCAGGAAAAGUACCAACCAGGGAAAAACCACACCUGAAAUCUAUGUGAGAACUUGAAAGGUGACAAAUGACAGCUAAGGUCUCCAGGAGGUUCAGACUGCUGCUGGGUGCCUUCCUCUCACCUACUGAUCCAUGUUGAGGCAUGGUGGGAGUCAGGGAUUAUGACAUAAGCAAAUGUCCACAGGCUGAAAGAGGUCAAGCCAGCUCAGAAGCUUCCUAGGAGGGAUACCACCUGCGACAGCCUCCUAAACUGGCCAACUUCCUGCCACAACUCCCGAACUGCCAGCCUCACUAGAGGUGGCAAGGAUCCCUCUGAGGGAGAAAGUCACCUCAAGAAUCCGGUAGAGGAAGUUGUCCAAGCUCCGGAGACCCAGUGCCAAGGACCCCAGAGCCAUGGAGACGGCUAUGUGUGUGUGUUCUCCAUGCUGCACCUGGCAGAGAUGCUGCCCUCGGCUCUUCUCCUGUCUGUGCUGCAAGUUCAUCUUCACCUCGGAGCGGAACUGCACCUGCUUCCCCUGCCCCUACAAGGACGAGCGCAACUGCCAGUUCUGCCACUGCACCUGCGCGGAGAACCCCAAUUGCCACUGGUGCUGCUGCUCCUGGGCCAAUGACCCCAACUGUAAGUACUGCUGCACAACCAACACCAAUAUGAAAUGCUACUACUACGAGAGCCGCUGCUGCCGGAACGCCACCAUCACCUUCAAACGGGGCCGUCUUCGGAGCAUCCGCACCUCCUCCAAGACCGCCCUCCGCAUAGGGAGCAGCGAAACUCAGCUGGAGGAGCCGAAGUCCAUGUCCACCAACAGCCACCUGGUGAGCCACCUCUCCUGCCCCUUGUGCAACCGGCUACGCCUGCACUCCUUCAUGCUGCCCUGCAACCACAGCCUGUGCGAGAAGUGCUUGCGGCAGCUGCAGAAGCAUGCCGAGGUCACUGAGAACUUCUUCAUCCUCAUCUGCCCGAUGUGCAACCGCUCGCACUGCAUGCCCUACAGCAACCAGAUGCACCUUCCAGAAAACUAUCUGCGCGGGCGCCUCACCAAACGCUACAUGCAGGAGCACGGCUACCUCAAGUGGCGCUUUGACCGGUCCUCGGGGCCCAUCCUCUGCCAAGUGUGCCGCAGCCGUCGCAUCGCCUACAAGCGCUGUGUCACCUGCCGCCUCAACCUGUGCAACGACUGCCUCAAGGCCUUCCACUCGGAUGUGGCCAUGCAGGACCACGUCUUCGUGGACACCAGCGCCGAGGACCAGGACGAGAAGAUCUGCAUCCACCACCCGUCCAGCCGCAUCAACGAAUACUGCCGCAGUGACAACCAGCUGCUCUGCACCUUCUGCAAGAUCGCUUUCCACAACGGCCAUGACACGGUCAGCCUCAUAGACGCCUGUUCCGAGAGGUCUGCCGCCCUCUUCAGCGCCAUCGCCAAGUUCAAAGCAGUCCGAUAUGAAAUUGAUAAUGACUUGAUGGAAUUCAACAUUUUAAAAAGUAGCUUUAAAGCUGACAAAGAGGCAAAACGGAAGGAGAUCAGAACUGGAUUUCUUAAACUGCGAGCCAUCCUCCAGGAGAAAGAGAAGAUGAUCAUGGAACAGAUAGAGAAUCUGGAAGUGUCCAGGCAGAAAGAGAUUGAGAAGUACGUGUACGUCACAACUACAAAAGUGAAUGAAAUGGACGGCCUGAUUGCCUACUCCAAGGAAGCGCUGAAGGAAACAGGACAGGUGGCGUUCCUGCAGUCUGCUAAGAUCCUGGUAGACCAGAUCGAGGAGGGCAUCCAGAACACCUUCAGACCCGACCCUCAGCUGCGGCUGCACUCCCUACACUGCAUUCCCUUGGAUUUUGCUGAACUCUCCAGUGCCAUCCACGAACUCUUUCCCACAGGACCCAAGAAGGCUUGCUCCUCAGGGGACUCUCUCCCUUCCCAGUAUCCUAUCCACUCAGAAAUGAUGAUUGCCAGGAAGGUCACCUUCAGCACCCACAGCUUCGGCAACCAGCAGAUAUACCAGCGAAGCUCCUCCUUGCUGUCCUUCAAUGCCACCAACGAGAAGGCCAAGAUAGGUCUGGAGGCCUUUGGGAGGGCCCAAUCUGCUGCACCUGUGAAACAGACUGACGGCCUCUAUACCUACUGGAGUGCCACGGGGGAAACCCAGGCCCCACAGAGCAGCAAUAGCUUCCACAACUGGUACUCAUUCAAUGACACCUCUGUGAAGACCCCAGGCCCAAUUGUCAUCUAUCAGACUCUGGUGUAUCCAAGAGCUGCCAAGGUUUACUGGACAUGCCCGACAGAAGACGUGGACUCCUUUGAGAUGGAAUUCUAUGAGCUCAUUACCACUCCUCCUAACAAUGUUCGAACAGAGCUCUGUGGACAAAUUCGGGACAUCAUGCAGCAGAACCUGGAGCUGCACAACCUCACCCCCAACACGGAGUAUUUGUUCAAGGUUAGAGCCAUCAACGAUAACGGUCCCGGGCAAUGGAGUGACAUCUGCAAGGUGGUAACACCAGAUGGGCGUGGGAAGAACCGAGCUAAGUGGGGCCUGCUGAAGAAUAUCCAGUCUGCCCUCCAGAAGCGCUUCUGA